GGAUGACAGUAUGACAACUGACAACCAGGCGCUAAAAAUUAUUUUUGUUUGUCAUUCCCCUGCCUGAUUUUAAUUUGUAGGUAUAUACCGAAAAAAAAAACUUUAGCUUCUUAUAAAUCAACGAAAAUGUCUCUCGUCGUGAAACCAAACUUUCCUGAUUAUCAAACUGCUCCCGUACAACGCGGAUUUAAUCCCUACGCUGACAAUGGCGGGAGUGUUGUGGCAAUAGCAGGCGACGACUUCGUUAUAAUCGGAGCCGACACGCGUCUGAGUGCCGGGUUUUCGAUUUACACUCGCGAACAAAACAAAUUGUUCCCAUUGUCCAGUACCACGGUCUUGGGCUGUUCUGGGUGCUGGUGCGACACCCUCACUUUGACCAGGAUUUUGAAGUCUCGCAUGCAAAUGUACCAGCAGGAGCACAACAAAACAAUGUCUACUACUGCCUGCGCCCAAAUGCUCUCCACUAUGCUCUAUUACAAAAGGUUCUUUCCCUAUUACAUUUCCAAUGUAUUAGUUGGUUUGGAUAAUGAUGGAAAAGGGGUGGUUUACAGUUACGAUCCUAUUGGUCAUUGCGAAAAAAGAACUCACAGAGCUGGAGGAUCUGCGGGUGCUCUAUUGCAACCACUUUUGGAUAAUCAAAUUGGCAAGAAGAACAUGUUGAAUGUGAAAGAAGAACCGGUUUCGCAACAGAGAGCUUUGUCCAUCAUUAAAGAUGUGUUUAUUUCAGCUGCUGAAAGAGAUAUUUACACUGGGGAUAGUAUUUUAAUAAAUAUCAUUACUAAAGAUGGAAUUAAGGAAGAAACUUUCCAAUUAAGGAAGGAUUAAACAGUUAUCAUUUUAUAUUAACUUAUGUAUAAUGGAUUAAAGUAAUAAAUGCCCCUACUACAUUUUAUAUUUGUAUUUGUGAAAAUAAAAAUAAAAUAUUAGUUAGUAGUAGACCAUUUAUUGAAAUCAAUAAUUAUAAACAACUUUCAACUUUGCAUUAAUAUUAAUUUUAAUUAUCCUUUUGAUUAUAAAACAAAAAUGAAGAGUGAGAUAGUGUUUUUAUUCAAUAAAUGCAAACACCUAAAAGUAGAGCAGUGUCAAUUUUAUGUAUUCUAAGAAAAUUGACAAAAAAUUAAUGUAGAUAAUAUAAAUUGAUGCAACAAACCAUACCCCCUAGGUGCCCUAAUUCUUGUUCCCAGGGGGUAGUAGUGGUUUGCCCUUAUCUUUGCCUCUCAAUUUUAAGCCAAUGGCCCUUUCAAUUUUUCCCAGGAUGAUGUUAUUGGGAAUUCCUUUGCCGGCCUCAUAAUCAGUGAUAACUUGAGGUUUUUCAUUUAUUUUCGUGGCCAGAUCUUUUUGGCUCAUGCCUUUGCCUUGCCGGCCUUGCUGGAUCAGUUUGCCCACGUCCAAAGGAAUGGAUUCGUGUUUCAGCUCUUCAGUUUCCCUGUCCAAUUUCGCUGUGUUUUUGGUCGUUACGUGUUGUUUAU